AAACAUUCCUCUCGCGCGACUUAACCGCUUGAAUCAUCGCGAAGUUUCCUGCUAUUUUGUAUUUUGGUGGCAGGCAGAAGGCAGCAAUAACCCGUGGAGACAAGUCCAAGAAAGGUGGAGACUCCUGGGUUAACUUCCUGACAAUAAUCCUGAAGCACCACCAGGAGAGAAGCGGGGACGCUGCUGCUGUUGCUGUUGCUGUUGCUGCUGCUGCUGCUGCUGGGGCAAGGACUAAUGGAUAUACGGCUGACUCUACUUCUUUUUCGGCAGUGAAUCGACACUUUGGUUGGUAACAUCUACCUGGCUAGUUAGCUAGCUAGCAGUGAGGCUGCUGCUGCUGGAUAAGACAUUCCCAGCGUUUGAUAGCGAGGCGGUGGGAGAGGAGGAAUGGAGGUCCUGGUGGAGUACGAGUACGAAGCGCUCCAUGAUGACGAACUGACCCUGCGACCCGGCGAGAUCAUCAAGAACGUGCGCUAUAUAGAAGAGGAUGGCUGGAUGGAGGGGGACCUCAACGGGAAGAGGGGGCUCUUCCCUGACAACUUUGUAAAGGAAGUGAAGAAGGAAUCCAAAGAGGUCAAGGAAACAAAGCCUGAGCCGAAAGAAGAAGCCUCUCUGCCUCUGAGGAGAGAGAAGAGCGCCGGAAACGUGGCCAACCUGGUCCAGAGAAUGAGCACCAUCGGCAUCCCGACCGGGGGCUUCCUGCCUCAGCCACCCGCUGCUUCAAAGAAGCCCAAGAGGAGACAGUGCAAGUCUCUGUUUGACUAUCAGCCACAGAACGAGGAUGAGCUGGACCUGAAGGUCGGAGACAUCAUCGACAUCACUGAAGAGGUCGAAGAGGGCUGGUGGAGCGGCAAUUUGAACGGCAAGUCGGGAUUGUUUCCCUCCAACUUUGUCAAAGAGCUGGAUACCUCUGGAGAGGACAUGGAGUCCAACGACACGGCGGUGGAGGAGACGGAUGGAAGUGGAAUGGAAAGCGCCUCCAUCCCCACAUCCCCUCAGCCUGCCUCAGGGAACGGAGUUGUUGCUCAGCCGAAGAAGAUCAGAGGCGUGGGCUUCGGAGAUAUUUUCAAGGAAGGCUCUGUCAAACUAAAGGUCCGCCUGCCGAGCCCCGACACGGAGGAGAGGAAGGGGAGACCAAUCCCAUCAUUACCAUCCGCUGCAAAGCCCGCCCAUCCCAACAUGACAGACUCGCAGAGAGCAGACGGAGACAACAAAUCCAAAGUGAAAGAGUACUGUAAAGUCACGUUUGCUUUCGAGGCUACAAACGAGGAUGAGCUGACCAUAAAGGAGGGCGAUGUCCUCCACAUCCUGAGCAAGGACACAGGAGAGCCCGGAUGGUGGCGAGGGGAGAUCGGGGGCAGAGAGGGCGUCUUCCCUGACAACUUCGUAACCGUGGUGUCUGAUGCAGAGAAAGAGACCCCCACGUCGAGAGGGUCAGUGAGGUCAUCUCCUAAGCAGGAGCCAGAGGAGAAGCCGAAGAAGCCACCUCCGCCUUCAAAAAGCAUAGCACUCAAGCCGGAGUUUCCCAGUGUGGACAGGAAGCCUCAUCCCAUCAGGCCAGAGGACAAAGGUGAGAAGCCCAAUCUAGAACACAAGCCAUCGAAGCCCGCAGCGCCAGUGGUCCCGCCCAAAAAGCCGGUCCCCCCUCCUGGGAAAGGCAGGCCGGGGAGCCUCCCACCCAAGAGGCCGGACAAGCCUCUUGCUCCAUCGCCAAAGCACAAUGGAGAGGUGCCUUCCACACGACCAAAAUCCGAAUUUGAGCCAUCGUUGCUCAUCAAACCCAAAACCCCUGGGGACUGUGGGGAGAAGUCCUCGGAUGUUGAUCUGAUGAGUUUUGAUGAGCUGUCGUCUACCUCGGAGAAGCUCUCUCACCCCACCGUUAACAGACCAAAGAUGCCUGGCAGGAGGCUGCCCGCGCAGUUCGGUGGAGCACACUCGCCCACCAAGGAAUUGAACAUGGAGAAAUCUUUCAAGGUUGACGAAGAGGAUGCUGCCAAACCAAAGCUAACAGACACCAGAAAGCCUUCCACAAACAUCAGAUCCCAGUCACCGCCACCGCCACUCCACAAACCUACCGUGUCCAGCAGUGAGGCCCAGCCCAGCGCAAACAGCACAUCUCAGGGCAGCAGGGCCCGACUGGAGCCUGAGGAGCCCGGCUCCCAGCUGGAGGAGCUAAGGAUCCAGAUGAAGGAGCUGCUGAUGUCUGUGGAGAUGCUCAAGGCCCAGCAAAUGAAAGAGAUAGCGGAGCUCCGAGGGGAGCUGGAUGAGGAGAAGCUGAAGCGCAUGGCUCUGCAGAUGGAGAUAGAUAAACUGAAGCGGAGCGCCCACUCGACGUGAGGCCCUCGAUCCUUUCAACAGCAAGCCUUAAGGUCAGCUGGUGUCGUGUCGACCAACCAGAGAGCAGCAGGGCGGUGACAGGUGAUAGCUGAAUGGACGGAGAGAGGGUGGUGAAUCACAUGAACCACACAGAGCACAAUCUUUUUUUCCCCCUGUGAUCUACGGAAAUAAAAUCCCCAUAUUUGUAAGAUUUACACUUUGCACAUAUAAAAAAGCUAGAUGUAAUUUAGUAACAAAUGUAUAUGUCUUUUUUUUCUUUUGCCGAUACAAAAAAAACGAGGCCUUAACUUCAAACUACUGCGCUGGACUGUCCCGCUCUUUGUCUAUCACUCCGGCGUUCCUUGACCUCCAUCAGGGUGGAGGUUCGUACUACUGACUUUGUAUAAAGCAGGGGUCGCUUGUUUACCCCGCCUAGUUUUCUUUCUCUCAUUUUUUUUUUAUGGUGCACAAAUAGUUGAUUUUAAAAUUGAUUUCAGUUCUUUUGAUUGUCAUAGCAAAUGUUUUUCCUACACAGCGCCCGUCAACAGUACUCCACCCUGCAGCGCUCUUGUUUUAUAUAGCAUUCCUAUCCAGGGUAACACUACUGUGCCUGUUUAACAAAAAUAUAUAUAUAAAGUGUUUAUAUUGGGAGCUUAGAAUACCAUGAUGGUGUCUGGAAGUUUUGCAGCAUGAUAUUGUAUAUCUAUAUUUUUUAAGUCCACUGACAUGCCUAUAGUCAAAUACUACAGUAUAUAGAGAGCCUCUUCUGUGCCGGGCUCUUCUAUUUUUGACAAAAAUCACUGGGAAUGUUCUCAGAAGUUUAGCCAGAUUUAUGCUCUGCAGUUUAUGCAGAUAGAUAUUGCAUGCAAAAAACGUAAAAGAAGAAAGGAGAGGCAGCCUCGUUAUGAUCCUCUCCACAACCUGCUAGUAAUUCCGGCCAUCAUCCCUUUUAUCCCUGCCACGGCCCGUUCUACCUCCUCCCCUUCUUUCUCCCAUCUCUAAGAUUCAAAAAUGAAUUGAUGUGUAAUGUUAUCUAAUCAUAUUUACAUGUCCUGUAGUCUGCAUAUCUUGCCACAUUCCAACUACAAUGGUUAACUGGAAGCAGAGAGCAGCAAUAAUGAAUGAAUGAAAUGAACUCACACUCCUUAUCCUAACUCAGUUUGAGGACCAGAGUUUAUUUGUGUACCUUUUUUAUGCGGUUGUAUUGUGCUUCAAAACAUUUUCUUGGUGGAAGUUUUUGUAUGUAGAAAAAAUGAGACAAUCCUGGUGAGAAUUGGUGCAAACUGUGUCAGUUUAGCCACCUAGCGUCAAAACUAUAGCGAUAACAAGAGCUAUCUGUCAGUUGAAUAGUCAGAGCACCCCUCUGGUCCAAACUGGAAUAUGUCUUUUAACAUAAUAUACAUGGCAAAUACCUUUGGUACAGACAUUCAUGGCCCCCAGAGGAUACAUCCUUGGUGAACCCCCCCCCCCCCCCGGUUUUAUUUCUUUGUGUGACGCCAACAACAUAUCAAAGUUCUCAAUUAUCGAGUGAAAAGUCAAAAUAUCAAUCGGCCCAAUAUUUAUCAAAUGUGUCUUUGGUGAAAAUAUUUAAGAGUUGCUUAAUGCCAGCGUUUCAAAUUUUACCAUGCUAACAAGCUAAAUCAAUUCAGUAAACAUUAGCAAGUUAGCUUUGUUCGUGAACAAUACUGGACUUUAAAGCCGAUAUUAAUAAAACAAAGUUGGCACUAAUCUGCCAGCUAUGUGUACCAUUCUCUGUGUUAAUACAUGGUAUGAAGAAACAUUUGUUGAUAAGGAUCUUACAGUUUCAAUAUAACUAGCAAAACAUCUGGUCAUGCGGUUUUAAAACAUACCUUUGGAGCGUCGGCUGCUUUGUUAGCAUAUCUCUCAAAGCUCGGAGUAAAGACUAAGACAGCUACCAGAGAGACACCACCACUAGGAGUCGCUCAGAUCUUCAAAUCCCACACAUAAACCUUCUAAGAUGAAUAUAGUAAAAGGAAAACAAAGUGAACACUGAUUUAAAACUGGUGAUAUAAAUUGUUUUCAGCCCAACAGAACUAUUUCUAUCUCUCUGGAUGCUUAUCUGUAUUAAUAUCGGAGUAAGCACAGUUCAGAGCUACAGAAAUGGGUGGAACUAAUGGUUAGUACAAUGUCAGUUACUCUGUCAGCUCUAACUUGUAGCCCUUAGCUCUGGAUGUUCAGUGCUGAGGUUAUGUCGGUUUUGAGAAACGUUUGCGACUCCAGUACAGUACCAAGUGGAACACCCUUUGGAGUCUAUAUGAGUUAGAGGAGCAUUUCAGCCCUGAGUCUGAAUAUUGUAAAGCUGUUUAACAUCAGUACAAGUAAUGUUUAUUUUUUUUAAAUAUAUAUAUAUAUCUAUACAUGUCUCACAAAUGUCUUAAAGAAGUGUUACUUUUCUUUUAAAUCAUCCUCAGGCUUUGUUCCAUGUGUUUGAUGUGUGUGUGCAUGCUCGCAAAGUGUAACAGAGGCCAUGAUGUUGGACUCCAGAGUGCUUUGACUAAGUUUAUACUGUAUAUCUGACCUUAAUGAGCAUGGCACUCAUGCAAUGUGCUUCCUGUUUGAGGGAGCAGCUCUUAGAUGAUAUGUCUGGGCAAUGAAAUAAUCACAAUUUGGGAAACGGGGACCUGGGAUUUGGGUGAUAGCUCAUCAUAUGAUAUCUGUAAUACGGCUUCCACAUAUUGUACAUUCCAGAGUUUAACACCAAGAGAAUAGAAAUCUGUGCACAUCUAUAAAAUAUGUUCAAGUGAUUUGUUUACAAAAGCUGUAUCCUUGCAUGAGCUGAGAUUCUUUUCAAAAAUGAAUAAAUAUCAUCUUUAUUUACUGUCA